GCAGCACUAAAGUAUGUUGAGAGAAAUGGCAGGAAAAUCUGUGUCUGUGACAUUGAGAGUGCCUGCACUCAUUUCUACCUGGGAGUGAAAAUAGAGCUUUUACCUGCUUCUCUCAAUUUUUACUCAACUUCUAUUAUUGGUUUUUAAUAAUGGAAUUAUUCUGUGGAGAUUGUGGAGGGGAAAAAAUGAGCACUGAAAACCUAUCUGCCUCUGUUUAGCUUUUUAACCUGUUUUUGCCUGCCUAGUCUUCCAGGAGAUAAUGGCAGAUCCUUCAGUGGUGGAUCACCUGGCACGACUGAAACUCAAACUCCUAGAAAAGAGACUAGAAAAUGAACAGGAGAACCUCGAGAAGAUGGACUUGUCUCUCCCAGCUGCAAGGAACAGAGCUCAGGACAUGCUCCAAAGUGCCCUGAGGCAAAGGAGAGAUCUGCUGCAGGAGCUCAGGGAGCAGCACCUUCUGGAAGAGCUUUCACAGCCACCUGCACCAGCUGGGGGACACGACCACAGAGCUGCCCUGCCACAAAUCUACCAGAUCCCUUUUCCAGCUUCCCAAGUGGAGCCACCAAGGAUUAUCCAGCAGACUAUGCCAGCUCAGCCUGCCACCAUCAUCCAGCAGCUGCCUCAUCCCUCCCCUGUGAUCACACAGAUCCCCCCAGCCCAGCCCUUGGCUGCCCCCCGCCCUGGCAGCAUUAAAGAAGAUAUGGUGGAGAUGAUGCUGAUGCAGAAUGCUCAGAUGCACCAGAUCAUGAUGCAGAACAUGAUGCUGAAGGCUCUGCCACCAGCAAUGCUGACACAGCCUGGGGGAGCCAGCUCUGCCCUGCCCCAGCACACCCAGCAGGACGUGCCUGUGAGAGCAGCCAGGCUCAAGGCUCCUGUGGUGCACCACCACCACCAUUACCCUCCCCCAGGGCUGCUCCCAGAGCCCCCCAGCACCUUCCUGCCCCCACCCAUGGCACAGCACUGGACCAGCAGCUCUGCCCAGCCCACGUGGCCCACAUACUGACAGUACAGGAUCCAGAUACAGUGGACCAUGGCCUUUCUAAAGACAAUAAAAUCCUGAUGUUCUUCCUC